CGGCCCGGCGCCGCAGGGCGAGGCAGAAGGGCGUUCCGAGGAGCUGCUCCCUGCCCCGGGAUGGUCCCCGCAGACCGGCGCUUUCCCGGCCGGCCGGGCCAGUUUCGUUUCCCGCUGGCUCCUCCUCCGCCCGCCGCCCUCCGCUCUGCCGCCUCCCUGAUCCCGGCUCCCGUCUCUCUGCUCCCUGAUCCCGGCUCCCGGCUCCCGGCUCCCGGCUCCAGGCUCCCGGCUCCCGGCUCCCGGCGAUGCUGCGGCGCUGUGCCCCGGGCUCACCGGGCUCCCGGCCCGUCCGUGCCCUGCCGACCUCCGCCCGCGCCCUCCGCCAGCGGCUGCGCCAGUGUGCAGAACGCAUCCCAGAGGCUGAAGCAGUACUCGACCUGCUGGAGAAAUGUCCAGAGCACCAAAAAAAAGGAGGUUUUCCUGUCAUAGUUUUUGAGGGGCUGGAUGCCACAGGCAAGACCACGGUGACCCAGGCUGUUAAGGACACCCUGAACGGUGUUCUGCUGAGAUCCCCACCAGCUUGCAUCAGCCACUGGAGGACUGUAUUUGAUGAUGAGCCAACACCCAUUAAAAGAGCAUUUUAUGCUGCAGGCAACUACAUUCUGGCUUCAGAGAUAGCAAAAGCAUCCACUCAGGCACCUGUGAUCAUAGACAGAUACUGGCACAGCACAGCUGCCUACACAAUUGCCACCGAAACAAGUGGGAAAGUCCAGGAUCUUCCACCAGCUCAAGAUGAGGUGUAUCAGUGGCCUGAAGAUCUGCUUAAACCUGAUCUUGUUCUUCUCCUGACUGUUGACCCUGAGGAACGGGUCCGGAGACUUCAGCGUCGGGGGCUGGAGAAAACCAAGGAGGAGGCUGAGCUGGAAGCCAACAGCUUGUUUCGCCAGAGAGUUGAGGAGUCAUACAGAAGGAUGGUGAAUCCUGCAUGCCAAGAGGUUGAUGCCAGCCCCUCCAAGGAAGAGGUUCUCAAGACUGUUCUACAAGUAAUUAAGGAACACUGUGCUUUUUGAAAGCAAUUUUGUGUAGUAGCACUUAAAAGAUAUUUUUUUAUUGCCUCACUGGUUUUGGUACCUGAAAAUGCACAGUGAUGUGUUUUGUCUCACAGAAAUACUGAAUAUUCUGUCAGGUUACCUGUUUUGUGGUUGCUACUGUACUUUUCUGUAUAAGGCAAAAUGCUGCUCACUUCAUUCAGCAUUCUUUUUAAGAAACAAACACACUACAGUCAUGCACAAAGUACCUCAGAGUGUUCUCUGACACCUGGACAUUUUGAGAUGCCAUCAUGUUGCAUCUUCAUCACCAGGAGAACCUAUUCCCAGUCCACUGUGUACCAAAAUUUGCUGCACUGCAUCAGGAGCAUUAGAUGCCCAAUGAGAGGCUGAAAUAUCAUCAGCACUAAAACAAUAAAAUGAUCAUAACAUUUAGGAACAGAAAAUCCAGUGCCCAGUGUGGGUUGCUUUUUCAAACUGAGGAUGAGCAGCUGUUGUUGUGAUGGGCAUCCUGGAAAAAAAUGUGUUGUAAAUGAGUGCCAGUAAACACCAAGGGCUCUGGGUAAUAAAGUCCAAGCCUGUUCAUAUAUGCAAAUGAAAUAUCAAUUAUUUUCAGAGGGAAAUCAGACAAUGCCAGCAAAUGAGAAACAGAGACCUGAGGAAAAACUGAAAUUAAAAACUCAUAAAUGAUCACUAAAAUAUUUUUUACAAACCUUUUUAUCUAUCCUAUUAAUACUUCUUAAUGAGAACUAGUAUUCAUUUGAGAGAAUGCAAAAUUAAAAACCACAGAGAUUCUGAGAAAUGGGAAUGAUUGCACCUUUUCAGUUAAUCUUUUUUUUUUUGUGUAGGUGUUUGAACAGGUUGAAUAUGAAAGCAGGGUACAUCAAGACUUCAGGUCUGCAAAGGUUCAUUUUUAUGUACAUUAGUUUAACUAUUGUUACUCCUAAGUGUAAAACUAAAUAUAUGGAUAAGCCUUUGCGAGGUCAGAAAUAGAGCUGCAGUUCCAGAAAAAAAAAAUCUUAAAACAUAAAUUUGAUUUUAAACACUUUUACUUACUUUUCUGUUUUAAGCAAGUGCAAUUAUCAGUUAAUCUGUCCUCUAAAUAAAAGUAUACUGAGUACUGUAA